UUGUAAUCAACUCAAAAUAUAAUAAUAACAUUUACUCAAAAAAAAUUUAUAUUUGGAUUUCGAGUUUUAAUGAUUUGUGUUUGUGGCUUGGUAAUUUAAAAGUGAAAAUGUAAUAGAAUUUAAGAAUUAAAGUAGCUUAGCUUUUUUCUUAAAUCAAAUUAGUCUUACUUUGAAAAAAUAAUACAGUAUUUAGAUAUUUUUAGAAUAUUUUUAAAAGUGCUAUUUUAAAACUUGCCCAUAAAUUUCCCAAUUUUCCAUUUUCUAUGUUUGUUUAAUAUAUGUACUAAAGUUUCAUGUUGACAAAAAAAAAAAAUGUACUAAAGUUUCAUAUCUCUGCACAGCUGUUUGACUUUCGAUACUUCGCGAAUUGGUAUCUUCCAUGGUUGCGUUGACUUUUAUCUCUUUACUUCAGUUCAGUGUCUUGGAACUCGUCUAAAACCUCGUGCCCUCUCUUUCCAAUUCGAAUAGUGCGUAAAUGGUAUCGUUCUUCUUACUCUAUUCUUCUUCCAUGUUCCUUCACAAUUUUGGACCCUUGUCUCAGAUACGUCCUUUAAACCGUUUGUCACUGAAGCAAGAGGCAAUUCCCAAGUGGAGAGUCCGAAUACCUAUUUGAUCAAAAAAAAAAAAAAGAGUCCGAAUACCUGAAAUUGGAGGAGCAGGAAGAAGGUAACUGUCAAAAGAGAGUAUAUACCAUCCGGAUCAUCUCAUUAACUUUCAACACUUACAAUUUUAUAAAACUACCGAGACCGGUUCAGGAGGUAGCUCUCUUUUGACAGGAAGUAGCUCUCUUUUAACUGUCAAAAGUUGUUCUGUAAUCUGAAUUAGGUUUCAUGAAACAUAUAUUGCUUUAGAAUAUAAUACCGUAAUUUAUAGGCAUACAAUUAUUAUAUCAUAGCUCAUCCUAUCAAAUUUUAAGUAAAUUAAGUAGCAUGUAAAACAUUACUCCAUUGUACUCUCCACAUGAAUUUGGAGUUUGGAAAGAGAAGAUAAAUUAGAAAAUAAUACAACAAAUCACUCAAAUAUGGUCAUAAUCGAAUAAACUCAGUUCCUGAUGUAUCGAUGCAAAGGCAGAUCUGGUGAAGUUGAUUGUUAAGCUCCGGAUAUUUGUUACAUUCGAUGCCUGGAGUAAACCCAAUGGCAUCUUUUUCGCGUCUUUAAUCUCUCGAAGAUCAUAGAAUCCCUCGUCUGGUAUGAUUCCUAUAGUUACACCACACAUUCAGAAAAAAAGGAAAAUUAUAUAUAGAGUCUAAUUAAGCAUACGUAAAUUAAUACAUUGAUUAGAUAUAGUGACUUUUUAGAUUAAUUAGUGUGUAUGUAGACCAGAGUUUGCGAGGAUGUGAAGAAGAUUGGCCUUAAUUAUCUCUAAGUGAAGAGUAUUCUCAAAGUAGUCAUGUAGAUCCAUUGUGGACUCGGAACACGUGCCGUGUUUUUUCCACUCGUGUUUCCAAAACUUGAAACCAUCGUUGCUCGCACACGAUAGUGUUAGCCACUUCGCUCGCAAACUACUACAAUAUCCGAUAUCUAUACAUUCAAAUAUGAAUUUGAUAUAUACAACGUAAACAAAAUAAACUGAAAGAAAAAAAGGAAUAUUUACACAAUCACAUAGUAAUAUUACUAUUACAUGUACCUUAGAUCGAUCAAAUUCACUGUCGGGAUUGCAGUUUGAUGGAUGCGAACCAUCAUUGUAACCUGCCCACUACGCAAAUGUUUCAAAACAAAUUAACUUUGGCUGUUUAUUUCUGACUUAUAUUAACAUCAAAAUUAGAAUUUCAUGGGGUACAUAUUUGUAAAAAACAGUGAUGAACUUGAGAUAAAGCAGAUUACGUAUCUGAAGAGCUAAGUAGAAGAAAUCAAAGUCUGCAGCUUUAGGAGGUAACAUGAAAACAUUAGAAACUUGAGGGUAAACCAACUUUUUACUCCCAUUUUGUAUACUCUUCGUUUUUGUAAUAAUGCACAAAUGAAACAUUUUGGCUUCAAAUUAAUAAAGACAAAUAGCUUGUCCUUAAUACAUUUUCAUUAAUUAGGUGUUUAUUAGUGCCCUCGUGAUCUAUUAAAAUUCUCGCACGUUCUAUCUUUAAUCAUCUUAUUAUUGUUUUGAAAAAGAAUGCAAAAAUAUUUAGGUUUUUAACAUAAUAUAUCUCUUGGUAUAAAUUAGGAACGAGCUAUUUAAAAAAAAACAUGUAUCCCUUUCAUUAUGCAUGCAAUUGCCGCUAUUUAUAUAUUUAACAAUGUGCAAUAUUAUAACAAAAUUCAUUUCUAGUAUGCUACUUAAUAAAAAAUUGGAAAGGAACAAUAUCAAGCACAAGCGAACCAAGUUCAAACAAUUCACAGGUAUAUAUAUCUAGCUACUAAUGUACAUACUAACAUUUAAUAAUUCGCUAAUGAAUGCUUUGUAAGAAAGGGUCAAAGACUCAAAAGUGUUGAUCAUAAUUAAUUAGUAACUGAGGAUCUGGCCACGAUCAGCGUUAAACGUGUCAUACAAUUAAUUUUGUCUUAAUCUAACCUAUACUAAAAGGGUUAUAUGAGGAGUAGUGAGUGUGUCCACGUAGGACAAUUAAAUCAGCCAAUAGGAGAAGAGCUCUCCGCCACGUCACCUCUGCUUGUGACAAAGCAAUAUCACGGUUCUGGUGAACCCGAUUUCACUCGCUUCAUCUUCUCCGUUUCCCCUUUUUGCGAUCUUCAUCACCACUGACAAUCAAACUUUCUCUUUACUCUCAUCUUUAAUGUCUUUCGUUUCACCUCCCUCUCCAUCUAUUUCUUAUAAACCUUUUCACCAUUUCCUGGUUCCAAUCAAAAUCCAGAGAAUCCUCUCAGGAAGCCAAAUCCACAUGAAAUUGAAUGGCACAUCCCCACCGAUCAGACAUACCGGCUAAACCGGUGUCUCCUCCACCAACUCUGUCUCCGGCGAUUCAGACUCCUCUAAGAAACACAAAGUCAACUUUUUGAUUUCUAUGGAGCCAAGUUGAUAUUAUUGAUGGUGGCUAUCGUUGGAGAAAAUAUGGCCAAAAAGCGGUCAAGAACAACAUGUUCCCCAGAUGAUCUUUAUAAUCCCCAAAAAGCUUAAAGCAGGCAAUGGAGUGGACCUUGAAACAGCAAAUGGGCGACACAAUUUCAAAAAUAAGAAAGCUUUUUAUACUGAAGAAACACCGUUUCAAGUACUCCAUGGUCAUACUGGAGAUGUCUUGGACUUGGCAUGGUCAGACUCAAAUUUGCUUCUUUCAGCUUCUAAAGACAAGACAGUUCGGCUAUGGAGAGUUGGUUGUGAUGAGUGUCUUCAUAUCUUCCAUAAUAACAACUACACAUGGACUCAUGUUUCAGCAACUUCAUGAAGACAAUGCUCAUCACUUACCUUCUCAUACCUCUCCCCCUUCUUGCCCUCCUCAUCUCUUCUAUGGAAAGAGGAGGAGGAAACUACAUGAUCAACAGAUCAAUGACGUUCACGGGAGUAUCAGACCACCACCAUCUUACUCAAAGAAGCCUGACCAUGACGAAGACAAUCUAUCAGAUGAUGGGUCCCAUAUGAUGUUAGGAGGGACGAAGAAGAGGCUGAAUUUAGAGCAAGUUAGGGCAUUAGAGAAGAUCUUCGAGCUAGGGAACAAGUUGGAGCCUGAGAGGAAGAUGCAGCUAGGUAAGGCCUUAGGGUUGCAGCCUAGGCAGAUUGCGAAUUGGUUUCAGAACAUGAAAUCUAGGUUGAAGACAAAGCAGCUUGAAAGAGACUAUGAUACUCUGAAGAAACAGCUCGAUGUUUUGAAAUCGGAUAAUGAUUCUCUUCUAGCACACAAUAAGAAACUCCAUGAUGGAUUCCAUAGAUGUCAAAGCUCGAAUCUGGGGUUUAUCAGAACAGAGGGUCGUCGCUUGGACCGAUGCUCAUGACUCCAUUUCAGCAAGAUACCAACACAACGGAAAUGUAAUUUUCUUUUCAGUUUUGCUCUGUUUUGGAGAUUACAAAGUUCGCAGCUUUGCUCUGUUUUUAAAAUCGCAGCUUUGCUCUGUUUUUUUAUACAGCCUUCUAAUUUUUUACGCUUCGGAAAAAGCAAGAUAUUUAUCGAGUUACUGAUCAGAGUUUAACUAUUUCUUUCUUGCACAACUCUGUUGGAGAGUGGUUGGAACAGAUGGGGCAGCAAGAAAUAUUUUUUUUGUUGGAUCCAUCGCUUUUCAGGAUGUAGCACACAAGGUCUCUGCCCUUAAAGUUUUUCUUAACAGGGGAGACAUGGCAAGACUUAAGGAGAUUCAAGAAGCUGUCUUACAAAUGAGCGCACUAAAGGCUCUGAGAAAUGAACUGAUUCACAAACUGAGAAGUGAAAGAAUGUCGUAUCAUGGAGAUGAAUCAAGCUGGAACCGAUCAUGGGUGGCAAUUUAGAAGCUCUGGGCUUCAAAGUGGAACGUGAGAGCUUACGUCAGUAGAAAACUAGAGUUGACCCAUGAUGCCGUCUGCAUGUCGGUGCUGGUUCAAGAAUCAUGUGGUGAUUAUGCUUUCGUCAUUCACACAAACAAUCCUGUCACUGGUGAUCCUUCAAAAAUACACACAAGAGAUUGUGAAGGGUUUGGGAGAGACCUUGGUUGGAGGAUAUCCAGGACGAGCAAUGAGCUUUAUCACCAAGAAAACAAACCUCAACUCGCCAACCGUGAGAAACAAAAAACAGAUAGUGUUUGCAUGUUAACUCCAGUAAGUAUUUGCUGUGCAGGUGAUCAGUAGUUACCCAAGUAAGAGGAUAGUUCUGUACUCUAAACCCUCUAUCAUGUUCUUAGCAGGAAUGUUGUCAAAGUCUAUACACAUUAAUACCAAAUAAUUGUUUUCCCCCUAAGUAAUAGACAACCUAUAAAAACCAUUGUUUUCUUUAAUGUUUUUUUUUUGGAUUUUUGUUUCUCUUAAUUGUUGGACUAAACAUAUAUCAAUAA